CUGUGGUUGUGCGUGUUGUGUUUUGUACGUACGCCGCUACCGCUAAUCUAAAUUGUAAUCAUUUUGUAUUGAUUUUUCAAUGUAACUACAACUUUCUUUCUUUUAUUAAUUGACUGUAAACAUUCCAUAAAAAUGAUGCAUUUGUACAAAUCAGUACUAUUUAUGUCUCUGACAUUUUCAUCAUUGAAGACAGUUGAAUCAAUAAACUGCUAUCAAUGUUCGGGGACGGACUCUGAAAACCCUUUUGAAUGCAAUGAAUAUUUUGAUAACGACAUAGAUAUAUUACCAAAGGACUGUUCCGACAUUCAUGAUGCCCAGUAUUGUAUAAAACACGUCGGACGGUACGAAGUUGUAGCUAUAGACUGCUAUCAGUGCAAUUCCUCUACGAUGGAGUGUGGUGAUGCCCUCAUGCACCUGGACGGAGGAAGCCUGAAGCCUACUUCCUGUGAACAUGUCUUUAAUGCUCAAUUCUGCAUAAAACAUACAGGUGGCAUCAGCACAAAAAGAUAUUGUUCGUCUUUAGACCUUGGCAACUACUGCAACUAUGUGCAGCAACCCGGAGACAAGCUCGAGUAUAGGACUUGCAUAUACACCUGCAGUAGUGAUGGCUGCAACGCUGCAGCUGGCUUGACUAUAUCUACUGCAGUGUCAGCAGUACCCUUCCUAAUAGUCGCUCACAUACUAGGAUAUGUGUCAUUAUAAGAUGUUUGUUAGGGAAAGUUGCUUUAACUUUGAUAAUUUUGAAAUGCAUUUAAAAUUUCCGUGUUUGAAACCAAAUAAUAUCACCAUCAUCACAAGUACUUAGCACUCCAUACAAGGGCUUAGUACCUAUGGAGAACUGAUAUUACCAACUGUUCCUUUAUUUUUAGGUAAGUACCUUUACCUUAUCUUAGUAUUUUGUAUAAUAAUUGUGUUGUUUGUCCUACAUACAAUGAAAAUAAGUAAUUUAAAUAAAUACUGACACUACGCAAUUAACAUAUCUUACAUUACACCAAAUAUUAUAAUCAUUCCAAUUAUUAAUGUAAUUACAUUAUGCCGUCCAAUCCGUCCAUUAUUGGGACAAUACAAUGUACCUACUUAUAUGUAAGAUUUUUAUAUAUUUUUUUACACGCCUAAUAUUUUUGUGGUAUGCCGAAAAUGAUACGAGUAGUAUAUGCUUACAAAUAGUAUUACCAGCAUUUAUAGAUAGAGUAGGUGAUCAAUAUGAUCAAUAACAGAAUCUCAAUCUCUACUAAUAGAGCUAGAUACCGUUUUGUAUUUUUUGUACGUGUCGAAAUGUGAAAUAAAAAUAUCUGCAGU